AUGAAAAUUGCCGAGUUGAAAAUCGCUGCCUUUAUCGCCGAGCACUGUUCUUUGUUAACUGUAGAUCAUUUGAUUAGUAUACUCCCUCAAUUAGAUCCUUCAUCAGAUGCUCUAAAAAACUUAAAAAUUCAUCGAACUAAGUGUUCAGUGCUAAUACAAAAUGUACUUGGUCCAUCAAUGCUCGAAGCUUUGGUUGAAGAAAUAGGAGAUUUUCCGUACUCCAUUAUAAUAGAUGAAAGUACUGAUCUUUCUACACAAAAAGUGUUGUGCAUUAUGAUUCGCUUUCUUUCACACAAGACAAAGCAAGUAGUUACAACUUUUUAUCGAAUAAUACAGAUAAUAGAAUGUGAUGCAAAAAGUGUUCAUGAAGCGAUUGUCAAUCAACUAAAAGAGGAUGGGAUAAAAAUUGAAAAUAUGAUCGGAAUCGGCGUUGAUGGAGCAAACGUUAUGGUUGGUAAACAUAACUCGGUGACUGCUAUUUUUAAAAGAGACCUGCCUGAUUUAAUUAUUGUCAAAUGUGUUUGCCACUCUUUGCAUUUAUGCGCGGAAAAGGCUGCUGAAUCAUUACCACGCCAAUUAGAAUUUCUUGUAAGAGAAACCCAUAACUGGUUUUCAUACAGCCCUAAACGUUUGGACUAUUAUAGAAAAUUAUACGAAACCAUGAAUAAUAAUACUGAUCCAAAAAAAAUCCAAGGACUUAGCGGAACUCGCUGGCUCACUCGUUAUCAAGCUAUCAACACUAUAUUGGAGCAGUGGGAGGAAUUAAAGCUGCUUUUUUCUAUUGCAAAAUCUGAUGACAAAUGUUACAUGGCGGAACAGCUUUAUGAUAUCAUGCGGAGACUUCCUUUUAAAGCUUUAUUGUUGUUUUUACAAAACGAAUUAAAACAUGUGAUGCAAUUAAACUUACUUUUCCAGAGUAACCAUGUUGAACCUGUCAAAUUGUUUGAAGAUUUGUUUUUGCUAUACAAAAAUUUGAUAAAACGCCUUGUUGUACCUUCACAGUUGGAAAAAUUGGUGGACUCUGAACUGGUAGAAUUUAAUUUCCGAGAACAUCUGAUGCAUACAGCAUCAAUGUAUUUUGGUUUUGACUUUCAUACCAUUUCUCGAGAACUUGAGAAAAAGGAUCUGUUGGAUGUCAGGGAACGAUGCAAGACCUUUUUAUGUUCUCUAGCCGAGCAGAUUCAGAAAAGGCUUGCGGAUAAUUUAUCCUUGUUGAAAACUAUUGCUGAUUUGCACCCAAGAGUUGCUACAUCACAAGUCAAACCCGAUAUAAAACCAAUAUUCAAUUACAUUCAGCGAACUCAUAUAUAUGGCAAAAAAUGGCAUUGA